AUGGAAGCUCGGGUUAGUACAUACAAACCAGACCAUGGUCCAGAGGAGUUGUUUAGUGACGACUUGGAGAAGUACUGGCAUACGGAUGGAAAUCUUCCCCACCACAUAGAAAUUGAGUUUGAAGAGAUUAAGCAUCUUUUAGAGAUAAGACUAACUCUUGGUCAUGCUCAAGAUAAGAGUUACAUUCCUAAAGAGAUAGAUAUUCGUUGUGGUAAGACUAAAGACUCCAUUGUUUCAGUUAAGAAAGCAUUAAUUAGUGAUAAGCUAUCUAUUGCUAAUAUCACAGUUAAUCAAGAUUGUUGUAUUCUACAAAUGGUAAUUCUUUCUAAUCACCAAGAAGGCCGAGACUCGCGUAUUCGAGGUCUUUCCCUUUUCUUUGCCGAAUAG